AUGGAUCUAGCCCUGACAAUCUUCUUCAUAGUCCUCUUUGUCUUGCUGUGUUCCCUGGGGCUCCUAGCCAAUGGAUUCAUCGUGCUGAUGCUGAGCAGGGAGAGGCUGCUGCGUGGUAGGUUGCUCCCCUCGGACACAAUUCUCCUUGCCUUAGGCACCUCACGCCUCCUCCAGCAAUGUCUUGGGCUGGUGUACAGCAUCUCCUACUUCUUCCACCUGGUGGACUUCUCCAAAACUUUUGCCCGCCUGCUCAUUUCUCUCCACUGGGAGUUCCUGAACUCAUCCACCUUCUGGUUUUCUAGCUGGCUCAGUGUCCUGUUCUGCGUAAAGAUUGCCAACUUCUCCCAUCCUGCCUUCCUCUGGGUGAAGUGGAGGUUCCCAGCAUUGGUGCCCUGGCUCCUGCUGGGCUCUGUCCUCACUUCCCUCUCAGUAACCUUGCUGUUCUUUGGGGGAAACUUCGUUGUGUAUCAUGAAUUCAUCCAGAAGAAACUUUCUGGGAACAUAACUGAUAAGGAAUGGAACAGGAGCCUGGAAAUUCACUAUUUCAUGCCUCUGAAACUUGUCACCAUGUCGAUUCCAUGCUCUCUUUUCCUGGUCUCGAUUUUGCUGUUGAUUGGCUCUUUGAGGAAGCACAGCCUGAGAAUGCAGGGCAACACCCGUGACCCGCAGGCUCGCAGCAACCAGGCUCACACCAGAGCGCUGAAGUCCCUCACCUGCUUCCUUGUUCUCUACGCCCUCUCUUUCAUCUCCCUGGUCAUCGAUGCUACAGUCUUUAUCACCGCAGAGAGCAGGUGGUACUGGCCCUGGCAGAUCUCCCUCUACGUGUGCAUGUCUGUCCAUCCCUUCGUCCUCAUCAGCAGCAACCUCAAGCUUCGCGGCACAGUAAGGCGGCUCCUGCUCUUGGGCAGGGGCUUCUGGCUCCCCUCAGGAGCCUAG